AUGCCGGAACGUGACCGUCUGGAUGAGCUUUUGGAUGCUGUCAAGAAAGAGUUCGACAAUCUCACUAGAGAAACAACAAUCUACAAAGACCACCAUCACGACUAUGAGCUGAAAAUUAACCAGCAACACCAGGAGCUCACCAAUAUUAGAAACACCGUGUACGAGCUGGAGCAGGCCCACAGGACCAUGAAGGAGGCUUACGAGAAGGAAAUUCUGAGGUUGAAGCAGGACCUCGAAAACAGAGACAGACUGUUCCAACAACAAUCCCUGCAGCAGGCCCAGGCCCAGGCCCAGGCGCAAGCUCAGGUCAAGGCUCAGGUCCAGUCUCAACAGCAUCCGCUUCUUGACAGGCCGCAAGGAGCUUUCCCACAGACUCCUCAGCAACUGCCGCCGCCAAAUCUCAGUGGCUCUCCGUCCGAUUACCGCGGCGCAGGCUUCAAUGGUGCUCUUCCCCAAAUCAACGCGCAAGCCUCAGGCGCGAAGCCUGAAAUUGCCCAGAGCUCCCAGCUACCUCCUCCGCCUCCAGUUUCCACCCAAGAGCAGCAGGCAGCUUCUCAGACCCAGCCUUCACCAGAACAGCCUCCGGCCGCUGUUCAGACUUCUGUCGUGAAGAGCGAGGCCGACGCUGGAUACGUGAUGAGGUCCCAGCACAACAAGCCUAUCCCAGCGUUCCUGAAAGACUUCGACUCGUACAGCACCCUGCCGUACAAGAAACAGCACAGUGAAUACUACAUAGUGUACAACCCUAAGGUUCCCAAGAAGGUUGACACGUCACUGGUGCACUCGUUUGACCACACCUCUGUGGUUUGCUGUGUCCGGUUCUCCAAAGACGGCAAGUUUUUGGCCACUGGUUGCAACAAGCUCACGCAGGUGUUCAGCGUCGAGACAGGCGACCUGGUUGCCAGAUUGAGCGACGAGUCGUCUGCCAGCUCCAACGGGUCGUACGACACAGACACAGGGGAUUUGUAUAUUAGAUCUGUUUGUUUCUCGCCGGAUGGAAAGUUCCUCGCUACCGGUGCCGAAGACAAGAUCAUUAGAAUCUGGGACCUUGCUACCAGAACUAUUGUGAAGUACCUCAAGGGACACGAACAGGACAUAUAUUCGCUGGACUUCUUCCCUGAUGGCUCCAAGCUGGUUUCCGGUUCUGGAGACAGAACAGUGAGAAUCUGGGACGUGUUCACUGGCCAGUGCUCGCUCACUCUGAGUAUUGAGGAUGGUGUCACCACGGUGGCUGCUUCGCCGGACGGAAAACUUAUUGCAGCAGGUUCGUUGGAUAGAACUGUGAGGGUAUGGGACGCCAACCAAGGAUUCCUGGUGGAGAGACUCGACUCGGCUAAUGAGAGCGGAAACGGCCACAUGGACUCAGUCUACUCGGUUGCAUUCACACAUGACGGAAAAGAUAUUGCUUCUGGCUCUCUGGACAGAACUGUCAAGCUGUGGUCUUUGAAAGACCUCCAGAAACAGCAGGGAUCGUCCAAGUCCAACUGCGAGGUCACCUAUGUCGGACAUAAGGACUUUGUUCUCUCUGUCUGCUGUACACCGGACGACGAGUUCAUCCUGUCGGGUUCGAAAGAUCGGGGUGUGAUAAUGUGGGAGAAGGCCACCGGUGAGCCAUACAUCAUGUUACAAGGACACAGAAACUCUGUCAUCAGCGUGAAUGUGUCGCCUGUUAUGACCCAGAAGAGAGGAGUCAACGGGGGCUACUUUGCUACUGGUUCUGGAGAUUGCAAAGCCAGAAUUUGGAGAUGGGAGAAGGUUUCUUCUUGA